AUGGUGGAGAAAUUUCCCGGGAAACACCUUCUGAUUGGGUUCUCAGGGAUUAUCUCUAAUGCUGCUUUGGGGUCGCUCGUCUGGGUAGAAGACACAGAUGAUGCCUGGAUAGAUGGAGAAGUUGUCGAAGCUAACGAUGAUGAUGUCAAAGUUAACUGCCAAACCAAGACGGUUGUGGCAAAGGCAAAUGCUGUCUACCCCAAGGACCCUGAGUUUCCUGAACUUGGUGUCGACGACAUGACCAAGCUUGCCUAUCUGCAUGAACCAGGGGUUCUUCUCAAUCUAAAGGCCCGGUACAAUGCAAAUGAAAUAUAUACAUACACAGGGAAUAUACUGAUAGCUGUGAAUCCCUUUAAAAGACUACCACACCUUUACGGAAAUGAUAUAAUGGAACAAUAUAAAGGCUCUGACUUUGGCGACUUAAGCCCACAUCCUUUUGCUGUUGCUGAUUCUGCAUACAGAAAAAUGAUCAACGAGGGAGUAAGCCAGGCGAUCUUGGUGAGUGGAGAAAGCGGUGCUGGGAAGACAGAGAGCACAAAGAUGCUCAUGCAGUAUCUUGCAUUCAUGGGUGGAAAAGCUCAAACUGAAGGACGCUCCGUAGAACAGCAAGUUUUGGAGUCAAAUCCAGUUUUGGAAGCUUUUGGUAAUGCAAAAACCGUCAAAAACAAUAAUUCAAGUCGCUUUGGUAAAUUUGUGGAGAUUCAAUUCAACCAUAUGGGAAGAAUCUCAGGAGCUGCUAUUAGAACAUAUUUGCUUGAGAGGUCAAGAGUUUGCCAAGUUUCUGAUCCUGAAAGAAACUAUCAUUGCUUUUACAUGCUUUGCGCUGCGCCAGAACAGGAAAUUGAGCGGUACAAGUUAGGGGAACCAAGCACGUUUCACUACUUAAAUCAAUCGAACUGCUAUUCGUUGAGUGCACUUGAUGAUGCCAAGGAAUAUCUAGCUACGAGGAAAGCUAUGGAGGUUGUUGGGAUUAGUUCUGAAGAACAGGUACGUUUUGGUGGUCAUUUUACAUGAUCAGUAAUGAGGAAAACUCUUCUUACAUUUUACUUUUGAAGGAUGCAAUCUUCCGGACAGUUGCUGCUAUCCUUCAUCUAGGAAACAUUGAGUUUGAAAAGGGAGAAGAAGCAGAUGCUGCAGAGCCUAAGGACGAUAAAUCUCGGUUCCAUCUGAAAGUGGCUGCAGAGCUUUUCAUGUACAUUCUUCAAUA